AUGGCGAUCUGUACUUAUAACGCACGUACGCUUGCAUCGGAAGCGGCCAUCGAAGAUCUGAUGAUGCAAGCCAAGAAGAUCAAGUACGACGUCAUCGGACUGACCGAGACGAGACGACGUCACCCUCUCAACGCCGUAUAUGAAACUGGAGAAGAACUGUUCUUAGGAACAUGCGACAGUAGAGGUGUUGGUGGAGUUGGCGUCCUCGUCAACACGAGUAUGGCAAAGAACAUCGACUCUUUUGAACAACUUACGACCCGAAUCGGACGUCUGCGGAUGAGAAGAUGUGGCCCAAUACCAGCUUUGACUAUCUUCGUCGUUUACGCUCCAACAUCAAGCUACGAAGAAGAAGAAGUCGAAGCUUUCUAUAUGGACCUGGAGAAGUUCUACCAAGAAGAUCAUGCCUUUUACAAGGUCAUAAUUGGCGAUUUCAACGCUAAGGUUGGCCCAAGAAGAACGCCGGAGGAACUUCACAUCGGGACCCACGGCCUACAAUGGAAUGACCAGGGAGAGAGGCUCUCCGAGUUCAUCAUGACGACUAAGACCAUCCAUGGGAACUCGCAAUUUCAGAAGCCCUCUUCUUUACGCUGGACGUGGGAGUCACCCGGUGGAGGGUACCGUAAUGAAAUAGACCACAUCAUCGUCAAUAAAAGGUUCUGCCUGACGGACGUCGGUGUUGUACCAAAGUUCUAUACGGGAUCGGACCAUCGCCUCCUCCGAGGAAGAUUUUCCUUCACAAGGAGAGCAGAGAAAGCCGCCAAGUUCAGAGAGAGAAAUCCCAGGACUACCAUCAACUGGGAUCUCUUCGCUACGCUAGCCGGCUUUUGGAAAGAUUCUGCAAUGGACAACAUCGACGAGGAAUAUGACCGGCUUGUCGAACACCUUCACGACUGCGCGAAGAAGGCUGAGAGUUUUAAAACCACCAAGAGGCGUCUGUCUCUUGAAACUCUUGAGCUGAUACGCCAGCGUGGAGCAGCACGAGCCGCAGGGAACCGAGAACUCACGUCCGAGCUCGCAAGGCUUUGCCGAGAGGCGAUAAAGGAAGACCUUAAAGAGAGAAGAGCAGAAGUGCUGGCUGAAGCUGCAGAGGCGGGGAAAAGCAUCCGCUAUGCCCGUCGAGACUUCGCCAGUCGCAAGACGAGGAUGACUGCUCUCCGGAACCCAAAGGGAACAACCAUUGCAUCGAGAAGGGGGAUGGAGAAAAUCAUCUACGACUUCUACUCUGAUCUCUUCGACAGCCAUGUCCACUUGCCUCCUCACCAUCCGAGGGAAGAUGGACAAGUCAUUCCAGAGGUUCUCCCGUCCGAAAUACGACAUGCUAUCAUGUCGGUAAGAAAUCGUACGGCACCCGGUCCCGACAGAAUAAGACCAGAACACCUGAAGAGCCUUCCGCCAAUACUCAUCAACACCCUGGCGAGGCUCUUUACACGUUAUCUGUCGGAAUGCAAGGUUCCUAAACAGUGGAAGACCAGCAAGACCGUGUUGUUGUAUAAAAAGGGAGAUCCACAUGACAUCGGCAACUAUCGCCCAAUCUGCCUACUGUCCGUCAUCUACAAGCUCUUUACAAGAGUAAUCCUUAAUAGGAUUGAAAAAGUCUUGGAUGAAGGACAGCCAUGCGAGCAAGCAGGGUUUCGAAAAGGAUUCAGCACGAUUGACCACAUUCACACUGUUUCGAAACUCAUCGAGGUAUCACGAGAGUACAAGAUGCCGCUCUGUCUCACCUUCAUCGACUUAAAGAAGGCUUUCGACUCGGUUGAGACGGAAGCGGUCGUGGAAGCCUUGGACAACCAAGGCGUCCCUACUCAAUAUAUAAAGGUACUUCGAGAGUUGUACAGUAACUUCACGACCGGAAUUUCGCCAUUCUACAAGAACAUCGUCAUUGACGUGAAGAGGGGGGUCCGACAGGGUGAUACAAUUUCACCCAAAAUAUUCACAGCCACCCUCGAGAACGCAAUGCGAAAGUUGGAAUGGGACGACAUGGGAGUGAAGGUUGAUGGACGGCAGCUACACCAUUUGCGCUUUGCUGAUGACAUCGUACUGGUAACACCUAGCAUCAGCCAAGCGGAACGAAUGCUGACCGAAUUCGACGAAACAUGUGGAUGCAUCGGUCUUCAGCUGAAUCUACAAAAGACGAUGUUCAUGCGGAACGGAUGGGUCUCGGAUGCCCCAUUCACGCUCAACGGAACGAACAUAUCCGAAUGCACCAGCUACGUUUAUCUGGGUCGGGAACUGAACAUGAUGAACGACCUGACCCCCGAGCUGGGCAGGAGGAGACGAGCGGCUUGGGGAGCGUACAAGAGCAUCGAGGAUGUAGUGAAGAAGACCAGGAACACCCGGCUCCGUGCUCACCUCUUCAACACCACCGUACUUCCUGCUUUGACCUAUGCUUCGGAAACCUGGGCAUUUCGCAAGCAGGAAGAAAACGCGGUGAGCGUCAUUGAACGCGCAAUUGAGAGAGUGAUGCUAGGAGUAUCCCGUUUCACGCAAGUGAGGGACGGGAUUCGAAGUUCUCUCCUACGUCAGCGAUCGAAGAUUAGAGACGCUGCCGCGUUUGCCAAGGAAAGUAAAAUAAGGUGGGCCGGACACGUGAUGCGCUUUAAUGACAACCGUUGGACCAGAGCCGUGAGCGACUGGGUUCCCCGCGAUAUUAAGCGCACUACAGGAAGACCGCCGACCCGAUGGUCAGAUUUCUUCACGAAGUCCUUGAAAGAAAAAUAUGAUGCUCUUCGUGUCCCACGCGAAAGGAGGAACCACUGGGCUACUCUGGCACGCGAUCGGGACAAAUGGAAGAAUUACUGGCGCCCGCUCGACCAGUUCGAAGAUCAACGGGAGUCAAGGUGA